CGAUGUUUCAGUUCACUCUGUUCUGUGAUCAUGGCUGCACUGGACAACACCAGCCAUGUUUGCUAAUUUAAAACCCAAAGGUUAGGCUCUGGUUGUUGUUUUUAUUAUUAUUAUUAUUUAUUCAUCGUUUUGUCAUCUUCAGCCACAUACCCACUCAGACGGGACACGAGAGUCGUAUUUGCCCACCAGGAUCCAGGGAAGGAAAGAUGGACUCCAAUAAUCACUUUAACUAUGGCACCCACUCCUCAGCAAACUCAGGACUGAAACUCUCCUCAGGGGAUUCUCCUUACACCAAUGGGUCCUCUGUGAGCUUUCCUCAGCAGGGGAAGAAUUUAAAUGGCGAAAUGAAUGUUAAUGGCGUAUCUACUGUCGGGUCCAGUGGGCCUGCUUCCAACCAACCAUCUGCCCCUUACCUCCACCUGCGCAACCACCACCAGAACAGCAUGGGUUAUGACUACCUGUGGGGCGGACACCCCCAGUACGGUCAGGGCGUGGGCUCCUCAGAGAUGCACCAGAAGCCGGUCGCGUCUGGAAUAGUGCCACCUCAGUCACAUCACCACUUCCAGGCUCAUGGACAGUAUCAGUUGAACGGAAGUAUGGAAGGCUCCCACCAGCCCCCCGUCGCCGGCGCUGCAAACAUCCCAAUCGCAGGAAAUCAGUACUGGAGCAGAAGUAACCCUGGGCCACAGCAAAUGGGUUACAACUCCCAAGGCAUGUAUGGAACCUACCAAAGUCAGGCUCAUCCUGGGAUUUCCUUAUCACAGCCACAGCCUCACCAGCAGCAGCAGCAGCCAUCACAACAGCACCUCCAUUCCCACCGUCAGCCUCCCCAUCACCACCAGCAACCGCCACAUUAUGGGAUGAUGCCUAACGGGAUGCCCUAUUACCAACAGCACUCGUCCUCGCAGCAGCUCUCUCAGCCGGCUCCCCAGACCUUUACUCCUCCACAUGGCAGCCCACAGCACCACAGCUUGGGCAGGGGGCGCUCCAGCAGUCCUCUCCCUGUAGGGGUGCCAACGACAUCCAUUAUGUCACCAUCAGCUGUGCAGGACAGCGGAUCACCCAGAAGCCACAGCAGAGACCGAAGCCCCCUUGCCAGCCACAUGGGGAUGUCCUCUCCAGUGCAUGGGCUUUCAGGGGAAGUGGUGAAGGAAGUGGAUGUUGGCUACAAUGGCAGUAAAGGGGCUGGUUAUCAGGCCAACCCUUCUACGGCUCACGUGGCUCCUCAAAGCGACUACAGACAUCUUUCAGAACAGCCAGCCAGUCAGCAUCCAGAAAUGGCUUCCCCUGUCAGAGAUCCGCUCGGUAACCCACGACCUCACUAUGUGUCGUCUCCACUCUCUGCGUCAAAAGCUGGAGCGUGUGCAUCUCUAACCAAGGCCUCCACGCCGCCACGAGUCUCUGCAGCCUCUUCCUUCUCUGGACCCGGUCCAUCCGUGCUUUCAUCCACGGCGCUUUCGUCCGGCUUUGAAGAAUCUGCGGCUCCACAAAUGUCGGCCACUCCCAAUUCCUUCUUUUGUUCACCUUCAAGAAACUCUUCCAGACUUUCCUCGCCGCCUCCUAUGGUUCAAGGUCUCAAGUCUCCCAGCUUGAAUGAUGUGUGCGAGGUACCACCUGUAGAGUCCAAAUCCCCCUUCAAAAGGUCAUCUUCCCCCUUGCAUGGACCACAAAAAGUUUCCAAACUCCUGGCUUCACCUGAAGGCUUUUCAGAAGCUGCAGCUGGUUCUUCCAGUCCACCGGUCUCAUCUUCACCAGAUUCGAUAGUUCAUCAGUGGAAGUUGGAAUCAACUCUGAGGACCUCUGGAGCCCCCACAGCUACCUCUUCACCUUACAACUCUCCUCAUUCUGCACCUAUUUCAUGUCCUGAGAAGCUGCUGGCCCGUGGAUCCAAGACGCCUUUGACCCCUUCUUUCUCAGAGGCUUCUGAAAGUCGGCCCCUGAAGCCUCUUUCCCCACAGGUGACGCCUCCUGCUUCAUCUCCAAGUCCAUCCCGAUCCACUAAUCCUUCAUCUGCAAGUGUGGCUCCAACUCUGACAUCUUCCUCCGAGCCAACAUCACCUGGACCCUGUAUUUCAGUAUCUGCGUCUUCUGCAUCGCUGUCGCCAAUUCCUAUAGUUGGCAGUAAACCUAGCGACCCGCCAGCCGCAUCUCAGUGUCCGAUCAACACUCCUGCAGCCGCUGGCACAGCCAUUUCCACGGCCUCUGCAUCUGAGAGGCUGAAAUUCACCUCCCUAACUGCAAAAGAGAGAACCGCGGGCCAACGUCUGUUCACCCUACCUCCUUUAACCACUCAAGCCUCCAGGACUGCAGCCGUGUCCGCUCCUCCUUCCCUUGCGUCUGUACCUCCUGCAGCGACGGCUCAUACUGAAGACAUCCAGAGACCAGGCUCCAGGACUACAGCUGCUGCUCACAUCCUUAUCGAAUCAUCUUCCAGUGAGUCAGAUAGUCCAGGAUUCGGCGAGGACAGGAAAGUGGUUGAAAGCAAAUUAAAUGGAAAGCCCGAGGAGCACCUUCUUAGGCCAGACUCGGACACAAGGACAUCGCGGGAUGAAACGUCUGGAGCUGGAACAUUGGGAAUUACACAGAAAACCCUCAGUGGCCCUCCAGGAAGACCGCUGCGGACGGCAGAUGCUCCCAGUCACAGUCUCAAGAAUCAAACGGAUACUAAAACACACGGCACGGAGGGGGAUGUUUUCUCGAAUGAGGAAGACUCCAUGCUUGAAUCAACUCCUCUCGGAAAGUCUCCUCCACUCAACAGCACAGAUGACCAAGCUUUCAAGAACUUUUCACCCGAUUCCUUUCACUAUGAUGGCAACUCGACAACCCCUUCAAACCUGAACGUCAGCUCUUUCAUGGAUCAAACUUCUCUGUUGGUGGACGACCGUUCUGCUUCAGAGGACUCCACGUCCUUUGACCACAACUUUUCCCAGAGUAAGGACAGCUCUCACUUCUACAGCACUUUUAACGACGAGGAGGACAAGUCUGCUACCUGUGACGGCUCCAGAGUUGGGCUGUCUGCGGAAACCUCUCGAGAUGAAACCUUGGACUCCACCAGGAAAGACGACACCUCUGAUGCUGAAGAGACGGAGAGCAGCUGCCAAGUUAUCGAUCUGUCUGCUCUGGGAUCUUCUGUAGCCUCCUCUCACACCGAAGAGCCUGCCGUUGAGUCGAGGGAUGUGUCCAAUUUGGAGCCAUCUGUGUCAUCGCAGCCCGCUCUCCAAGUUCCUGAAGUGGCAUGGAAGCUCACAGAGCAUCAGGCUCCAGACCUGAUUGGACACAUCAACACUUUGACACCCCUGAGUUUGAAUAUGGGGGCGGAGAGCUUCAUGGCCCUCAGUACUCCAGCAGAGAGCGCUGCUGUGCAACCAGUUCCCGAGCCCGCCGCUGAAGGGCCGCUGAAAACCCCAAGAAAACCUCGUAAACCUCGAACCCCAAAAGCAUUAGGGGUUAAAGACGGAGCUCCGGAGCAACCACAGAGGAAGCCUCGCGUUCGAACCCCAAAAGCGGAGAAGGCGAAGGCUGACGAAGAGGCUGGCGCUAAAGAAGAAGGACCAAAAGGAAGGAAGAGGAAGAGGUCUUUAAAGGUCAACGUCGAUCAGAUGGCUGUGGUCCCAGGGGGGGAUGGGUCUCUCAUGCAGGAGGUUGAUCCGAUAACAGCCGCAAUCGAUGCCGUUCUGGCUAACGCGUCAUCCAUCAGCGCAGCUAUCGAGAAAGCCAAGAAGAUCAAAAGAGCCAAAAAACAAGAGCAAGAUGGAAACGUGCUGACAAAAAAGCAGGACGCAGACGACGGGGAAGAAAAUGACGACGAUAGCUCCACAGCAGGAGAAUCGAACAAAAGAAGGGUUGCAACUGAGGAGCAGGUCCGGUUUCCUCUGGUCCAUGGCUGGAAGAGGGAAAUCCGAGUGAAGAAAAUGGAGAACCGCAUGAAGGGGGAAACUUGGUAUUACACUCCAUGCGGGAGGAGGAUGAAGCAGUUUCCUGAAAUAAUAAAGUACCUGAAGAGACACGGCGACAGUGUGGUCACCAGGGAGCACUUCAGCUUCAGCCCACGGAUGCCUGUUGGAGACUUUUAUGAAGAGAGAGAAUCUUCAGAGGGUGUGAAGUGGGUCCUUUUGGCUAAUGAGGAAGUUCCCUCCAUGAUCAUGGCCAUCACCGGCCGGCGCGGGCGCCCGCCAAACCCUGAUAAGGAGAAGCCUCGCAGGGUUAGCGGCGGGAGGGGAGGGCAGGCUCGCCGGCCUGGUAGACCUCCCAAAUUAAAGAUGGUUGACCUUCUCAGUAAAGUCGAUGCCAAACUGCUGAAGAGGCUUGAAGCAAAGGAGGCUCUCACAGAGGAGGAAAAGGAGAAACUUGCAAAAAUCAAAAAGAAAAUGAAGAGAAAGGCUCGGAUGAAGAGACGGCAGGACGCAAAGAUCAAGAAGAUGAAAGACGAAAAAAAGAAAGCUAAGCAGGAGCAAGAGGCCAAACUGCUCGAGGGAAAGGCAGAGCCGACAGACCUGUCGGCCCCUGAGGUCACACAUUCAGAGUCUGCCGCAGAGCCUAAAAAGUCUGGCCGGAGGAGAUCAGUCAAAGUUGACGCCCCUGCGUCUGUGCAGGCAGCAGCCGAAGCCCCGCCUCAGGGCAGUCGAGCGCAGAGUGCUCGGAGUAAAGCGAAGGCCCUGGCUAAAGCUCAGGCGGAGGCGGAGGCGGCUGCUCAGGCCGCUCUGGCAGCUAAGAGAGCAGCAGAGCGAAGAGCCCAGGCCCAGAGACGUCUGGAGGAGAGGAAGAGGCAGCAGCUGAUUGCAGAUGAGCUGAAGAAACCCACAGAGGACAUGUGCCUCACCGACCACAAACUCCUGCCAGAGCUGUCCCGGAUUCCAGGUUUGGUCCUUUCUGGGACAGCUUUCGCACACUGCUUGUGUGUUGUCGAGUUUCUGCACGGCUAUGGAAAGAUGAUUGGUCUUGACGUGCCCAAAGACAUUCCCAGCCUCGCUACCCUGCAAGAAGGCCUGUUAGGUCUGGGUGACAGCCAGGGACAGGUUCAGGACCUGUUGAUAAAGCUGGUGGAUGCAGCACUGCAUGAUCCUGGUCUGCCAUCCUAUUACCAGUCUGUAAAGAUUCUUGGAGACAAGCUGGUUGAGUUGGAGCUGACUCGCAGCACGGUGUCGGAAGCCCUCCGCAUCUUUUUAGAGUCUCACGGUUACAAGACGGAGGUUUGCAACUCAUUGAGGACCAAGCCCUUUCACGCUCUUCCUCCUGACACCAAGGCAUCCAUCCUGGGGUUCCUGGUGGAGGAGCUCAACAGCAGCAACGUUGUGACCAGUGACAUUGACAACACAUUGGAAAACAUGACAACCUACAGGAAGAACAAGUGGAUCAUUGAGGCGAAGCUGCGCAAGCUAAAAGCAGUGCUGGCGAAGCGCACAGGACGCUCCGAGGAGGAGAUCUGCUUUGAGGAGAGGAGGCGCAGUGCCAGAGUGGCCGAAGAAGAGAACCUGAGUCUGGAAGAGAGCGGACUCAUUCUGGAGAGAGGAAACAGGCGCUCCCGCAAAGAAGAGCCCAAACCCGUUGACACCGAGAGCCCUGCCGUUGCCAGCAUUCCAGAGCUUGAACGACAAAUCGAUAAGCUCACCAAGCGUCAAGCGUUUUUCCGUAAAAAGCUGCUACAGACUUCUCAUUCCAUGCGGGUCGUAAUGCUGGGUCAGGACCGUUACCGCCGCAGAUAUUUGGCCCUACCUCACCUGGGAGCGGUUCUGGUUGAGGGCCCUGAAGAGCUGCUCACUUCUGAGGAUGUUCUUGUAGCUGAAGUGCCUGUCACUUUCCUGAAAAAGGAGCCAAAAGUGGAGGAGACUCCUCUGCCUGCUACUCCACCUCCCACUCUCCCUUCUUCUCCGUCCUCCGUCACCCCAGGCCAAGCCCAGAGCUUCUCUCCAGAGGAGGAUUUCCUUCCUGGAACCGCAUCCCUCAUGAGCACGCAGAGAGGUCGUGGACGUCCUCGAAAAAUCAAGCCUGAAGUUGAGCUCCACCUUCGCACCGCAAAGAUCCGCCGGCAUCGGCGAAGUAGCAUCAGAUCUGUGGGAGGAGACGGACCAGGCUCGCCAAACGGGGCCACACAAGACCUCACCCAAGCAGCUUUCCAGAGCUGGCUGAGCCAGUCGCAGGAAGCAGCCACCCACGGCUCCUGUUCAGCGGCAGGGGAGGCCCCGGAGGGAAAUCGGCCGGAACGAAGUGUCAAGGAAAUGGCGGAGAAACAAGGACAGUGGUUCAACCUGCUUCCCAAACAACCCUGUGAUGAGAACUCUUUGACUGAGGCUCAGAUGCCCGCUUCUCCCCCUAAACUCCUCCCUCAGGUCCAGGAUGUUCUAUCGACGGUUUCUGCUGAGCUCAUCAAGCCGGAUCCUCUCAUGCCCGUCCAGGCUCCACCUGUUGUCGGCUCACCAGCGCCGCCACAGGAAAUCGAUCCCCCUGAUGCCGCUCAAACUGCUCCCGCACUGACGCCAUCAGCACCUCCUCAUCUCUCACCGAUUCCCAUCGGUCCACCGGCAGCAGCUCCUGCCCCUCCUGUCAGACCCGCUCGACGGCGGAGAAGAGGAAGCAGAGGCAGCAGUCCUGCCCGUCGAGGGCCGCGAGGCGCCGCGGCCAAACGCCGCGGCCGCCCGCCAAACGCGGUGUUUCAGGAGCUGGAGCAGCAGUACUUCACCCAGAUGGUGGUCAAGCCAAUUCCCGCCUCGAUGGUGCGCGGCUGGUGGUGGGUGAAGGAUCCAGAGGAGCUCUACAACACACUACAGUCGCUCCACCCUCGGGGCAUGAGGGAGCGCCUGCUCCACAAGCAUUUGGCCAAACACAUGGAGAGCUUAACUGAGAUGUGCACCAAACCCAUCAUCGACCCGAUAUUUGAGUCGAAGCUGGAGGAGAAGGACGUGCUGUUGGAGGCUCUGCAGCAGCCAUGGCAGGUGCAGGACAAAACCAUGGAGACGGACAUCAUCGCCCUUCAGUGGGUGGAGGACCUGGAGCAACGAGUUGUCGCAGCUGAUCUACAUAUGAAGGUACUGCCUCAAAGUGCGGUGAAUGACGGCGAGACAAACGCAGAGACACUAGUUGCUGAAUUUCAGCCCUACACAGUCCCGGACCCCGACUCGACGCGCGAGGAGCUUCAGUACUACGAGCACGAUGUGGACCCGAGAGACGAUUGGAUCGUAAGAACCAAGAAGGAGUGGUCCGGCUUGCCUCGCAUCGCCACUCACCCGCUGGACCUGGCCGUGCUGCGGCUCGCCAACCUGGAGAGAAACAUCGAGAGGCGCUACCUGAAGCAGCCGCUUUGGAACCCAGCAGAAGUAAUGCGCCUCGCCCCCCUCACCCCCACGCCUGGAGAGGAGCAACCGAUGGACGUCAUCAGCCUUGAAAGUGAGAUCACCUCUCGAAUGCGAACGUGGAGACAGGCUUUAGACCGCUGCCGCAGUGCUCCUCAGCUCUGCCUGUGUUUGCUUCAGCUGGAGAAGGCCAUCGCCUGGGAGAGAUCCAUCACUAAAGUGACUUGUCAGGUCUGCAGAAAAGGAGACAAUGACGAGUGCCUGCUGCUGUGUGACAGCUGUGAUCGUGGCUGCCACAUGUACUGCCUCAAGCCCAAAAUUACACAGGUGCCAGAGGGAGACUGGUUCUGUCCAACCUGCACAGCAAAGGACCAAGGAGAGGCUCAGCAAUCCUCCAAAAAACGCACCCGAGUGAAGAGGAAAAGAUACGAGGAGGAGAGCUCCGAGGAGGAGACCAUGCGACGUAGCAGCGGAAUGUCCACGCGACACAAGGACACCCCACCUGCACCUUUACCGUCCCGUCACUCUGGGGAAGGAGGCAGCACUAAACGGCGCCGCAUGACAACGCGCAACCAACCUGACCUCGCCUUCUGCGAGAUCAUUCUGAUGGAGAUGGAGGCUCAUCGAGACGCCUGGCCCUUCCUGGAGCCCGUAAAUCCUCGCCUGGUGCCAGGUUACCGCCGCAUCAUCAAAAACCCCAUGGACUUCCUCACCAUGAGAGAGCGACUGCUACAGGGAAUGUACUGCAGCUGUGAUGAGUUUGCAGCCGACGCACAGCUGGUCUUCAAUAACUGUGAGCUCUUCAACGAGGACACGUCUGAAGUGGGGAUGGCCGGACACUCCAUGAGGCGUUUCUUUGAGAGCCGCUGGGCGGAAUUCUACUCAAACAAAGACAAAUAGGAGGCAGCGGCGGUUUGGCCUGAUGGUGGGGCUGGAGACUGCUUCCCGCUGUCCCAGUCCCCUCCACACUCUGCAUCACCGCUAAGACUGCCUGGAGUUUGUUGCAGCCACGUGUAUUAUCUCCUGUAUAGGUAUAUAUGUAUAGAUUUUUGGCUCUUUGUCUGUUAUUGUCCCCUAUAGAGGCCUAAUAUUUUUCCGAGGCCCACAGCUGAAGUGGCUUGUAUCCAUUCCCCCCUUCAGAGUGAGAACAUUUGCCCUCACCUCCUCCUCAGCACCUCAUCUCCUCUCGGCGUUCUCCUGUCAUGUCGCUACGUGAGGCCGUUAGUCGGGUCCCGCCGUGAGCCCAUGACGCAGCCUCAGGCUCCGAGUCUGGGCUCACGAUCGUACUGAAGGUCAGAGGUUCACUAAAGCAGCUUAGGUGCUACAGACCAGACCUGCUCAGCACUCCCAGCAACAUGGAUCAAAGCUCAUCAGCCACGUCUAGCCAUUUCUAACCUGUUCAUCACAAAUGUAAUGUGGUCUUACGCAUACAUGUAAUUUUUGGCUCUAUAUUUUUAUUAUAUAUCCUAUAUAUAUAUAAAUAAAUAAAUAUAUAUAUAUACAGAUUACAAUAGCUGGGAUUAUUUAAUAGCAAUAGCUUGUAGUGAAUGUGUACAGAUUACCUCAUAGAGAUGUUUAGACAAUUUAUGAAAAGGCCAGUCAAACUUCUGUUAUUGGACCGUCACGAGUAGAUGUUGUAUAGCCUCAACGUAACUCCUGCACACACACACACUCUUUUCCUUCACUGAUGUACACACACCUGCACAGUCACACUCGCCGCCUGCUGCUGUGUGAACAACACUGCUUUCUAAAACGAGGAUUUUUCGUGUGGUCGGUCUUCAGCUAUGGGUUUGUUCACUUUACAAACGAGAAGGUGAAAGCGUUCGGUUAGCUCAUAACUAUGCGUCUGUAGUUUGGGCUGCUGUAAAUACUCUCAUUUGAUUGGUCGUUCUGAAAUGUAUUUUCCCCUUCAGACUGAAAUGAUGAGCUGGCACAUGUGACAUGGAGUGGGGAGUGCUAAAAAACAACAACAACAAAGACGGAAACCAAUUGUUUAACUAGAUGAAAACCUUUUAAAAGUGGCUAAAAUUGACUGAGACGCUUUUAUUUUGUAGGACCAGCUUUGCAAACUAGCAGAUACUGAACUUGUGAGCUCGACUCUGCCUGGUUUCCACUCUUACAUUCCUUUUUAUUUAAUUUUUUUGUGUGUGUGUGUGCGUGCUGUACACGGGCCAACGUAUGACAUGAAGGCGACGGGAUGAUUCCACAGACCGGGUCUUUAUUUAAACCAGUUCCUUACACUGAACCCGCUUAAUCCAUGGAUAGGAGAUAAACUUUGGUGUUCCUUGUUUCGCAAAGGGACAGUAGUGUUCUGCGUUUUUUUUCUUUACCAAGAAAGAAAAAAAAACCCAUGAAAACCAAAUGUGGUGUUAAGUGAAUUUUUAAUACUGUACAGUUUUGGUGACUUUAAAUUUUUUCCUUUAUAUUUUUAGGACCAAUUCAUCAUUUUUAAGAAGGAGUGUUAUAAGACUUUGUUGUAUUGAGGUGAUGUAACACGUGUGCAUCUGUAGAAUGUACUGUGAGUUGAAUAAAAACACAUCUUAUAGAAGGGA